GUUUUCUGUGCCCUCGUGCUUUUGUCUUCGUGCACACUUGCUUUUCUUAUCUUUUUCGGUGAUGCACUCUUCAUAUUCCCCACUUUUCACCUUGGGUCUUCUAGCGGAGCGACGGGCGGGUCUCUCGUCUGCACACAGCACCGGCCUUCCGGUUGUCCCUUCAAGUUCAACGGGCACAUCCUACAAGUCGCAUCCUGCUGCUGCUGAUGAUCAUGCUUCGGCAUUUUAUUUCACCCUUCAAAUGGGACAAAGGGAUACCGUUGAACUUCGGUCAUUCCUCUCCCUCGACCUGGCAGACUCCAAUCGUUCGAUUGCAGGUCACAGGCGCAAGCCAUCAGUCAUGUCAAAGUCUACUAGUUGGACCUAUACAUCCGAUGUAACUUCAGCUCAUGACUUGUCACGAAUCCAAAGACCCGCCUUUACCCGUCUUCCACCAUUACCUUCCGCAAGUACGCUCCACCGAUCGUCCCGUGAAUCUUUGAGGCAAAUUCCUUCUCCUAAACCCGCUCCGGUAUCAUCUACCUUACCCGAGCCCCCAACUUCCUUUGAUCGCCCCCCGAGCUCCUCUCCACGAAAGCCACUUUCGUCUACGACUAACGCAUCUUUUUUGACUCCCCUGCUAUCACCCACUAGCCCGUCAGGCAAGGGAUCAUCCCUGCGUUCCUCGUCCAUCACAUCACAUCAAAGGCGAAAGAGUCGCAUGGACGCUCUGGCAUGUCUUGAAGGCCGCUCUCGUGCUGCUAACCGCAUCCCGAGAUCGAAUCUCAGAAAAAAUUUCAUGAGCAUGAGCGACGAUGAGGAAGAGGAAGCCAAGGCACUUUCGUCACUGGGAAACACUCCCUUCAUUCAAGUCGAGGAUUUUGGCUCGUUUGCAGAUAUCGAAGAUGAAGGAGAUGCGAUCGUCCCACCUUCCAAACAUCUUUCCCAAAAACAAGCCACUUUGCCUCGUUCAGUCUCAGUAUCGAAGCCCCCGAAGCGCCAGAGAAGAAGCACUGUCGAUACAUGGUUUCCUCUCAAAAGCUUCAUUGAUCUGAAAGACGAUGAUCUAUCGUGGAAUUGGCGGAGCUUCAUCGAGAUUGGCGGAGUCUCAUGAGGCAGCUCUUCCAUAUGGUGAAUCCCACCUCAGGCUGCGCGUAUCCUAGAACAUUCUUAUUCUGAUAUCAUAUCUUGCGGUGCAAGCAUACAGGAUGUGUCGUCUUUGUGCGUAUAUCUACACGACCACUUAUUAUCUAUGAAUACCCACAGCCUUUUAGUAUACCGCCGUCGAACAAUUUCUUCUUUCAUGUUCAUUAUUCAACACUUGUACUCUACUCAUUACAUGCACUCAGUUAGCGAUUGACCAUACACACAUGACAC